ACCAAAAUAUUGGACAUAUAACUCAUAUGUAGAACAUGCAUCAUCCUUAAUUAAAAAACCAGACUUAUGGUCAUUAAAUUCAAUAUAUGGCAGGUCACUUAAAAAUUAUCUUGAACAAGGUACAAAAGAAGAAAAGAUUCAAGCAAGAUCAUUACUUAAUGAAUAUGAAAACUAUAAGGUUGUUUAUUAA